AUGGCCAAGGGGAAGCCUCGACGAAGGGCUAAGGCCAAGACGCCCGUCCAUACCUCUAAGAAUGCUGAUGCAGAGACCAAGAGUACGACAGAGUCCACAACGACAGCCAGCACGACGGCUAGCGACGGUUCCAACGUCCACCUCACUCUCGCCGACUACAAGGUUCUCGUCGACUGGCUAGAGGUGAAGCAGAACUUCGAGGCUCUGUAA